CCGAUUACCCGUGUCCAGUUCAUUUUGUGAUUGGACAAAUCAGUCUCCAGACACACUUGUCGGUCACAAAAUCUAAAGAUGGACCCCCGUACCAGUGCCCAAGACGUGAUGCGAUGUGACCUGUGUGAGACCGCUGUGGUACAGAUGCACUGUGAUACAUGUCUCGUCAAUCUGUGUACAGCUUGUGUAGGAAAACACAUGAUAUCUGAUGAAUCCAAGGACCACAAAGUUGUCAAAUUUCAGUCAAGGAAAUCCACCCCUCUCUACCCUGGAUGUACAACUCAUAACAAAGAACGAUGUAAAAUGUUCUGUAAACAAUGUGACAUUCCUGUCUGCAUCAGCUGCAUUGAAUCUAAUCGUCAUUUAGGUCAUGAAUUAUCUAAAAUCUUGCGAGUUCUGGAUGAAAAGAAGGACAUUUUUAUAAAAGAACGAAAUGAAUUAAAUGAUACAGUUUAUCCCACCUACCAGGACAUUGCCUCUGAUGUACAAAACAGAAUGAGUCAGUUAGAAAAGGAAUAUGGAGAUCUCUCAACAGCCAUAACAAAACAUGGAGAGGACUGGCACAGAGAAAUUGACAAACUUGUCAAGAAACUUAAAGCUGAAGUUGAUGAGAUGAAAAACACACAGUUACAAACUCUACAGAAACAUCUGGAUGAAAUUAACAAGACAAUGUCUGACAUCAAGGAUGAAAUCAAUUCAACUGAAACUGCAAUAGACACCAAUGACAUGUCUAAACUGUUUAGUGUAACAUCCAAAGUACACAUAUACAAAAAUCUUCCACAUAAGAUUGUGCCAUCUUUACCCAAAUUCAUUUCAGGAAAAAUUCAAGGAGAAGAACUAAGUAAAAUGUUUGGAACCUUAUCAUCAAGUUCUUUGACUUCAGAUAAACAUGGCUACAGCAUGAAGACAACACAGAAACCACCAGAAGCUGGAUCCUCUCCUCCAGUCAAACAACUGCUUGAUGAACCAGAGACUGUCACCAUCAUAGACACUGGGUAUGAAUACCUUUUCCAUGUAGCCUGUCUGAGUGAUGAAGAAAUCUGGACAAGUGGAGGUGACAGCAUGAUGAAACUCUUCAGCAUCAAUCAGGGAUCACUACUCAAGUCAAUCACAACCAAGUCAGGGAACAUGCCAUUUGACAUAGCAGUGACAAAAAGUGGAGAUCUAGUUUAUACUGAUUACAAUGAUAGAACUGUGAACAUUGUGAAGAAUGAGAAGAUAGAGGAGGUGAUCAGACUACAGAACUGGAGACCUCGUGGUGUCUGUAAUACCUCCUCUGGUGACCUCCUGGUUAUCAUGUACAGUGAUGAUUACAAACAAACAAAAGUUGUCUGUUACUCUGGCUCCACAGAGAAACAAACCAUUCAGCUUGAUGAUAAAGGUAAAUAUAAAGGUAAACCUCUCUAUUCAUCUGGUCAUUACAACAGAUACAUAACUGAGAACAGGAACCUGGAUAUCUGUGUGUCUGACAAUAGAGCUAAAGCAGUAGUGGUGGUCAAUCAGGCCGGGAAACUGAGAUUCAGGUACACUGGACAUACUCCUGAUCCAAAGAACAAACCAUUUUAUCCAGUAGGAAUCACCACAGACAGUCAGAGUCACAUCCUUACAGCUGAUUCUUACAAUGACUGUGUCCACAUCAUAUACCAGGAUGGACAUUUCCUCCGUUACAUAGACUGUGGACUGAGUGAACCCCAGGGACUGUGUAUAGAUACAAAUGACAAUCUGUUUGUUGCUCAAUUCAAGAACAAAAAAGUGAAGGAAAUCAAAUAUCUGCAGUGAAAUGCAUCACUAUGUUGUAUUCUAUAUAAUUUUAAAAAAAAAGAGG